AUGUUGACAUGCUUUCUUUUUGUAUUAAAUUCAAUACGUAUUGCUAUUCCAGUGAUAAGCUUGUUUGGAUCAGCUCCAACAUUUUUUACUCUAUGGCUCUUAUUACGCUUGAUAACGUACUUCUUUUGUCCUCAUCAUAUGUAUCGUCUUUUCGAUGAUUAUUUAUAUUCACUUUAUCAAAAAUCAGUUCUAUUUUUCUUUGAACAUUGGGUUAAUACUAAAAUUUAUUUUCAUGGAGAUUAUCAAGAAGUAAUAAAACGAAAAGAAAAUGUUUUAUUUAUAUCAAAUCAUCAAAGUUCUGUUGAUUGGAUUGUUGCAAAUAUGUUAGCUGCUCGUCAGGAUAGUCUUGGUCAUAUUCGAUAUAUUCUUAAAGAUGAUUUAAAGUGGAUUCCAUUAUAUGGAUUUUAUUUUCAACAACAUGGUUGUAUUUAUGUUCGCCGAAAUGAUAAAGGAGAUUUAGAACGUGUUGAAAAGGGAAUACAACAAAUAAAAUCAAAUGGUUUACCUAUUUGGCUUGUUAUAUUUCCUGAAGGUACUCGAUAUAAUCCAGUUAAAAACCAAGACGCUCUUGAACGAUCACGUCAAUUUGCGAAACAAAAAGGUAUUCCUCCAUUUGAUAAUGUUCUAUACCCACGAACAGGUGCAACAGUGGCUGCUAUUAAUGCACUAAAAGACAAAUUAAAUGCAGUCUAUGAUGUAACUGUUAUGUAUUCAUCAACAUAUGAUACAAAUAGACGAAUUCGAUUAGCUGCAGCUUCAAUGGCCGAAUAUUUACAGUGUCAAACAAAAGAAUUGCAUAUUCAUAUAAAACGAAUUCCAAUCGAUUUAAUUCCAAGUGGAACAAAUGAGCAAAUAUCAAAUUGGCUAUAUCAAAGAUUUAUUAUUAAAGAAAACUUAUUAAAACAUUUUUACGAUGACAGCCGACAUCCAAAAUAUCUAUUAGAUUUGGAUUCAAAUCGAGAAGGUGUUCAAGCACCAUUGCAUUUAAGUGAUACAAUAUUUUCUUGCAUAUUUUUUCUUUUAACAACAUUUUUAUUAUUAAUAACGCCACAGGGUCGUUCACUUUAUUGGCAAAUAUGUUUAUUUGGUACACCAACAACUCUUUUAUGGAUGCAUUUGUUUCCACCACAAAACAUAAACUAG